AUGCGCUCCCUAGCCUUAGUAGCAGCUUCAUAUCUCCCUGCAAUUCUCGCAGCGGCAGCUCCUCCCAACCUCACCUUUGAUCAACUCUGGAAGUUAGAAACCAACAUCUGGGAUAACUUCCUUUACCCAGCUAACUUGAAGCAAAUCAAUGCCACCGAUAAGUCCGUUUUUGCCGAGGAUGUCCAAGGACGCGUCGACAUCACACGCACCUUUCCGGGUCGAGAACUAAACAAUGAGUACAUCUUCGGCCUUUUCUCGCAGCCAGACUCCCUCAGUUUGACCGGUAUUCCGAUUGCCUACAACAUUACCCAGUUUGUCGCCAACCAGAACAUGGCCUCAGCUACGACAGUGAUUAUCUUCAAUGCGACUUCAUUUGAUGUGCUUAUCCCACUUACUGUUGACUCGUGGAUGGCCUUCAAUGAAGACGGGAAAGUCAUCCAGUACGAUGCCACGUUCCGGUGGUUCGAAUGGCUCGUCCAGACGCUGCUCGAGGCUGCGGGGAAUAAGUUCCAGCUGACGGAUCCCGUUGAGAUCCAGAGCAAAUUGGCUCAGCUGUUGGCGGAUGCUAUCUGCGAGACGAGCGACAAGUAUUGUACGGGUGACAAUAAGCAGUAUGACAGCAAGGAGCAAUGUAGGCAGUUCUUGACAGAGCAGACGAGGUUCGGGAAGCCGUUUGAGCUGGGGCGGAAUACGUUGCUUUGCCGGGAGGUACAUAAGCAUAUGGUGCAGUAUCGACCAACGGAGCAUUGCCCACACAUCGGACCAAGUGGAGGAGAUAUGUGUGUGGAUGACAAGUCCUACAUGGAGACCGUCACGGAGGCAUACUUCCCCCAGUCGUGGAUUGCCUAUGGAUAUGGAGAUGAUAAUAUGUGGGUUAAGCAGUAG